AUGUACAAUAAGGUAGGUUGCCAUGGUUCCAACCUACAGGGUAUUGAUAAUGGAUCCGACUCGGAGAUUAAGAAAAUGAAGAAAAAGAAGAAGCCUAAGAAAAACCAGCUUUCUCCUCUGCAAAAUGACCUUGAUCUCUCACCUUCAACAAAGGCAGACUACUCCAGUCGUAACUACCCUUGGGACAAACCAAACAGUUACUUGGAUGGAUCAGAUCAGGAGGAGAAACCUGCAAAGAAAGACACAACCGACUUUGGGCAAAAGUGGGGUUUGGUUGAUGAACUCCCCGAAGUUUGCGACUCAGCGCUACGAAUGAGACCCAACUACGACGAUGACGAUGAUAUCGUGUUGUGAUGAUCGUGUCACAAUAGCAUUAGCAUAUCUGUGAUGUCCGGACUUGUAUAUCUUCAUGUGCACAAUUAAAUAAUACAUCCAAAUAUUUUUGUACAAAUACAUAAAAGAUUUUGUAUAUUUCCUUGUGAGAUUUGACAUGAUACAUGAUACACUGAUACAUACAUGAUACACUGAUUGUGACUAUCACAAGCAGCGAUGUACCUUUGUACCGCUCCUACCCUUACUGAAAGCUACUCAGGGUAUCACAUAACUCACUUGACUGCUGGACAUGUAAAAUGUUCCAGUUUUUGUAUCCAGGAAUUUGUUCAAUAUUCUCUGAAAAAAUUCUUUUAAUUGCCAAAAGUUGAUACACAUGUAUAUUGAAAAGAAAAUGUUUUGGUGAAGUUUUGUUUAAGUUGGUCAGACAGACUUCAGAUUAAGUUAGGACUAAUGCUUGAAGCAAGCAUUCCUCGCAAGUGAUCUCCGAGUUGUGUGUAUGUAUGCUAACUCAAAUGUAAUAAUGUAGCUGUGUUGUAAUGUGAGCUCAUGUGCAGUGAUGUUGCUGAAAAACGCUUCAAACUGGCGUUAAACCAAACAUUUGAAAUAAUCAAACUUUUAAGAAAUAGUUUAUUAAGAAUGUUGGUUUUCUAGAUCAUUUUGUGCCAGAUCCAGUAGUUGUUUCUUCAGGAAAUCCAAUGUACUUAAACAUUUUCAGGAUAAUUUAUUAUUUGUUGCAGUUUUUGUUUUAUUUAAGUUUGAUUAUUAAAAGACAAGAAUGUCGUUGUUUAUUGAUGUAGGACACCUGCCUCAAUGGUGUAUGUAUGUGUUCAUCUUGUAUGUGUUCAUCAUGUGUGUGUUCAUCAUGUGUGUGUUCAUCUUGUAUGUGU